AUGUUUUCAGAGAUAUGCUAUGAAAUCAAUGGUGUGGAGGUGGAUGGUAUAUGCAAUCCUGGAGUUACCAGCCUAAUAAAGAAAGCUGUUAUAUUUGAACGUGAUGAAUGGACCAAGUUGGAAGGAGCUGGCUACAAGUUUAGCCAAUCUCAUGGAUUCACUGAUUCUGCUGCCAAUGGAGCUGACACUACAAUCAUGGAUGUGCCUUUGAGAUACCUGCUGGGCUUUGCCGAAGACUAUAGACAGAUUUCACUUAAUGUGAAACAAGAGCUGGUGUUGAGGGUCAGCCCCAACUUUCAUGACUAUGUGAAUGUUGCUGCUGCCAAUGUAGCAAUCACAAAGCUUUUAUGGAGAAUGCCUUAUGUGGAAGUGGCAGAUGAUGUGAAACUGCAUCUGCUACAUAUUGUGCAGAAUGACACACCCAUCAUUAUACUAUUUGGACAUUGGGAGUUGUAUACCUAUCCAACUUUACAGCAGACAAGAAAGCAUACAUGGACUGUCAAGUCAACAUCACAGCAAGAAAAGCCACAAUACAUUGUGGUUGGGCUACAGACUGCAAGACGAGGUAUGGCAGCAGCUAACAGUUCUCACUUUGACAAGUGUAAUAUGGAGGAUGUUCGAGUGUUUUUAAACAGCAGAUACUACCCAUGUGAGAGCAUUGAUGGUGAUGAUAAUUGUAUCUACAACAUGUAUGCAGCUUUCAAUGGAGUCUACAACCAUGGUAAUGCUCGUGCAAGCAACCCUCUGUUUGGAAAGAGUGCCAUUGGUAAUGGAAAAAUAAUGUUGUUUGCUUUUGAUUGCUCCCACCAAAAUUAG